UCAGAUCUUAUCGGGCUCGGAUGCAGAUAGACGCGGUUCCCCGAAGUGGAUUUGUCCAAAUGCACAUCAACUAUGUUAUACUCAGGAACAAGAAAGCUACUGGGGAAACAAACCAUUCUUGCACUACAAAUUCAAGAUGGUGUUCUUUAUGCCGGAGGAUCCUCUGUUGAUGGAACAGUUGGCAAGAGGACUUCCUGCAUGGUUGCAACAAAUACCUGGAAUGCAGUUCAGGACUGAUAACCAGCCAUUUAAGGAUGAAAUGCAAAAGUUCGUCACUAAAAUUGUAGACAUGGUUAAAAUAGAAAGCCUUUUGGCACCACAAGGAGGGCCUAUCAUUCUCACUCAAAUUGAGAAUGAGUAUGGUAAUGUUGAAAAACCCUUUAAAGAUGCUGGAAAAAGAUACAUUUUGUGGAGUGCACAAAUGGCAGAAGCUCUCAAUGUUGGUGUACCAUGGAUUAUGUGUCAACAAGAUGAUGCUCCUCAACCAAUGAUAAAUACUUGCAAUGGUUUUUAUUGUGAUAGCUUCAAGCCAAACAAUGAAACGAGUCCUAAGAUGUGGACAGAAAAUUGGACUGGCUGGUUUAAAAGUUGGGAUUCACCAGAUCCUCACAGCCCGCAGAGGAUGUAGCUCUUGUUGUUGCUCGAUUUUUCCAAAGAGGAGGAAUUGUGCGUAAUGUUGUGCGAUGGAGCAUACAGAUCCUCUUGUAAAUAAUUUAUGUAAAAGUUUGUAAACAAUUUAUGUAUCUCUCUACUAUUUUGGUGAAUGUAUUAUUUGAA